AUUAGCUAGCAGAUGUGAACUGUACUAUGUAGUGUCUUAGGAAACUGCAUACUCAUCAGUUUGUAGUGAGAGAGUCUCUCUCUCCUCUCUCUCUCUCUCCUCUCCCUCCCUCUCUCUCUCUAGAGUUCUGCUCAAACCCAUCAAUAAUUAAUCCCUAUUAAAAAAUCAUAAUUUUCUGGGUUCUAAAAAGAAUGGUUCCUCGUACCUGCAUUUUCUUGUUUACCUUCUUAUUUCUCAAUCUUUCCAUUGGAGCAACCACUUUCUUCAAUCUCAGCCUGCCACAUCAGCACCCCCACCCUGAAUCUGUGGUUCAAGAACUCAAAAGGAAAGUGAAUGCAUCUAUUUCACUAAGGCGCGAAACCCUCGCGGCCCCGAUAAUCAAUGCCGCCCAAUCCCAAUGCCUCACCGGAAACCCGAUCGACGACUGCUGGCGGUGCGACCCCAACUGGUCGUCCAACCGCCAGCGCCUUGCCGACUGCUCCAUCGGCUUUGGUAAGGGCACGACGGGGGGCAAAGGGGGCCGUUUCUACGUCGUCACCGACUCGUCCGACCGCGACACCGUGAGCCCCACACCCGGGACCCUCCGCCACGCGGUCAUCCAAGAAGAGCCCCUUUGGAUCACUUUCCAAUCGAACAUGGUUAUCAAGCUCAAGCACGAACUCAUAGUCAACAACGACAAAACAAUCGACGGGCGCGGGGCCAACGUGCAAAUCACCGGAAACGGGUGCGUUACUCUGCAGUACGUGAGCAAUGUGAUCAUACACAAUGUGCACGUGUACAAUUGCAUGCCGUCGGGCAAUACUAACAUAAGGUCGAGCCCCACGCACGUAGGGUGGAGAGGCAAAUCGGACGGUGACGGCAUCUCGAUCUUCGGGUCGAGGAAUAUAUGGAUCGACCAUUGCGCUCUCUCGCACUGCACCGACGGAUUGAUCGACAUCAUAAUGGGGUCGACGGGUAUUACGAUCUCCAACAACUACUUUGCUCAGCACAACGAGGUUAUGCUUUUGGGGCACGACGAUAACUACUUGCCCGACUCGGGAAUGCAGGUGACGAUAGCAUUUAACGUGUUCGGGAAAGGGUUGAUGCAAAGGAUGCCUAGGUGCAGGAGGGGUUACGUACAUGUGGUGAACAAUGAUUAUUUCGAGUGGGGAAUGUACGCGAUUGGGGGGAGUGCGGGUCCCACCUUCAACAGUGAGGGCAAUCGUUAUUCUGCGCCGGCGGAUCCUAGUGUUAAGGAGGUGACGAAGCGCGAGGGUGUGAGCGAAGGGGAGUGGUCGAACUGGAAUUGGAGAACGGAGGGGGACGUUUUGGUAAAUGGGGCGUUCUUCGUGCCGUCGGGUGAAGGGGUUAGUGUGAAGGCGUCGAGUGUCGAGGCGAAGUCCGCUACCCUCAUUGACCAACUCACCAUGAAUGCCGGUGUUCUUGGUGGUCAAAGAGAUAACAGCGGCAGCGUAUCAAAUGGUGGUGGAACUCCCAGAUCAGGCGGCAAUGGCGGUGAAGACGAUUUUGGGAUGGUAUUCGGAAGCGGUGCCGCCCUGCUAACACCGUCGUUACCACCACCAACCACCGUGUUUUUGUCCCUUCUAAUUAUUCUAAUUUUGUAUAUUACCACCAAACAUGGUGGUUUACAAUGAUCAUUUUAUUUUUUCCUCUAUUGGGUGGGUAU